CAAAGUAGUAUCUUUGAACUAACACCAAAUGGUGAUAACAAAGAGCCCUUUGGUAAUAUUGUCAGAACAGAUGGGUUUUCAGUUGACUUUCUUUUUUAUAAAAGACAACAAUCUGGCCAUGGUGCCUCGUUCCAAAGAUUUGACCUCACUCUUGAUGAUUUCUCUCUGGAUGAAGUUGACAAUACUUAUUUACCUAUUACCCUGGAUCCCCGAAGAAAGUCUGUUUUCACUGCUGCUGUUGGCCUUGAAUAUAACAGACAAGUGCGAAGAUGCACUAAAUCUGAAUACUAUCAUAUGACAGGGUCGACCCAAUACAGUACCAAUCAGAUACCCUCGCCAAAAACCUCUCGUUUGGAAAUAUACGAGCUAUACACUGCCUAUACGCUCAAUAACCUGGACGCUCUUUUGGCUUUUUAUGGACCCGGAACUGCAAAGGACCGGUUUAUGUUGUACCAAGGUAGACAAAGAGCACCGGAAACAAUGGCUAAUAUAUUGACGCAUGGGACAUCCAAAUACAAUCGCAAGAAAAGAAGCAAGGCAAAGAAGAAGAAGAAAAAGAAAGGAAAGAAUGUCAACGAACAGCAGCCAUCCAAGUGA